AUGCCUGCCGUCUCAGUCGUCGACUAUGAUCCCACAUGGCCGGCGCAUUUCGAACGCAUAGCCGAAAAGCUAAGCUACUACCUUGGCCUUUGCGGCGUGGAGUACCCAGUGAUCGAACACGUUGGCAGCACAGCGGUGGCGGGUCUGAAAGCGAAGCCUAUUAUCGACAUCAUCAUUGAAGUGCCGGACGCUCACAAUGUUGAACUGGCAAAAGAGGCUCUCAUCCACGAGCCACCACCAGAAGCACACUACAAAUGCAUCGGCGACGGCGGUAUCAGGGGCAGACUCAGUAUGAAAAUCCAAGGUGAACGCGUAGUUCCGGGUCAAAGCGUGUAA